AUGGUUGAUCCUGGGAUCAGAAGAGGGAUCCGUCAUCCCUUGAGCUUCACCUGCUCCCUGCUCAUUGUGGGAAUGUGCUGUGUGUCUCCUUUCUUCUGUCAUAGCCAGACAGACCUACUGGCUCUUAACCAAGCUGAUCCUCAGUGCUGGGAAUCCUCCUCAGUGCUCCUCCUGGAAAUGCGAAAGCCUCCCAUUUCCAACACUGUGUCGGGCUUCUGGGAUUUUAUGAUCUACCUGAAGACAUCUGAGAACUUGAAGCAUGGAGCACUGUUUUGGGAUCUGGCCCAACUCUUCUGGGACAUCUAUGUGGACUGUGUCCUCUCCAGGAACCAUGGCUUAGGAAGGAGGCAGUUGUCUGUAAAGGAAGAGAAAAUCUCAGCAGCACAGUCACAGCACACAGGGGAUAAACAAGGUGCAUAUUCUCAUCUCCUAAGAGCCCCUUUCCUAAAGAAGAAAGAAUUGAUCGAAGAUUGGAUAAGCAUGUAUGUGCGCAGGAGUGGAUCUAGAUUCACUGGAAAAGUAAACCUGGAAAUAAAGAGAAAAUAA